UUUUAUUUUUUAUUAUUAUUAUUUUUUUUAUUUGUUAUCAUACAAUUCAAACCAAAAUGUCUGACGAUUCAUCCUCAUCGGCAUCAGCGGCCGCCGCUGGAUCUGACCACGGCUUGCAGCAGCAGCAGCAGCAGCAGCAGCAGGUCCAAGAGCAACAGCAGUGGCAGCAGCAGGUCGAGCACGUCGCGUUUGAGGACGUGAGCACGGCGGCGUUUCGCAUCCGUGACAAAAUCCCGCGGACGGCGCUCGACAAGUCACACGACGGCAUGGUCGCAAUGACUGGCAUGGAGAUCUGGUUCAAGAAGGACUUUCUGCUCCAGACAGGAAGCUUCAAGGAGCGCGGCGCUCGAAACGCACUCAAGUUGCUCUCCGCUGAACAGCGACGGAAUGGAGUCAUUGCUGCUUCCGCAGGGAAUCACGCACUCGCGCUGGCGUACCACGGCAACGACUUGAAAAUCCCAGUCACGGUCGUCAUGCCGAUUCACGCACCGCUCAUGAAGGUCGCCAAGUGCAAGAACUUUGGCGCCACAGUCAUCAUCAAGGGCGAGCACAUUGGCGAGUCCAAGGACGUGGCAAUGCAGAUCGCCAAGGCCCACAACCUCACCUACGUGAACGGCUACGACCACCCCCACAUCAUUGCUGGGCAAGGGACGAUGGGUGUGGAGAUUCUCAACGAGAUGGAGAACAUUGACGCUGUCGUCGUUCCGAUUGGCGGUGCUGGCCUCAUUGCUGGCGUCGCGCUGGCCAUCAAGACAAUCCGACCUGAAGUGAUGGUUAUUGGCGUCGAACCCGAGCGCGCUGCGUCGUACACUGCCGCUUUGAAGGCCGGGAAACCCGUGCCGAUCGAGAUUGGCAGCACACUCGCCGACGGUCUAGCCGUGCCGUGCGUGGGCGCGAACGCCUUCCACUGCGCGCGCAACCGCGUCGACAAGGUGGUCACUGUUAGCGAAAAGUAUAUUGCCUUGGCUAUUUUGCGCCUCGUCGAGCUUGAAAAGGUCGUCGUGGAGGGCGGCGGCGCGGCAGGUCUGGCGGCGUGUCUGCAAGGACUGAUGCCCGAGCUCCGCGGCAAGCGGGUGGUUGUCCCACUUUGUGGUGGCAACAUUGACACGACAGUGCUCGGCCGCUGCAUCGAGCGCGGUCUUGCAGCGGACGGACGCCUGUGCCGAUUCAUGGUGGUCGUUUCAGACCGCCCCGGCGGCAUUGCCAAGUUGGCAGCGCUUCUCACCGAGCUUGGUGUCAGCAUCAAGGAUAUCUUCCACGAGCGGGCGUGGCUUGAAUCCGACGUUUUCAGUGUCCAAGUGCGCUGUGUGGUCGAGACUCGCGACCAGGAGCAUGCUGAGAUUUUGCGGCAGCGACUGGCCGAGCGUUAUCCGCUUGUCUGGGGCACUCUUCACGAUACCAACAAUGCCUUGUUGCUGUAAAACAACUGAUUUUUGAUGAACUUUUGUCGUUGAACUGAUUUUUGAUGAACCAUUUGUUGUUGUCGUUCUUGUUGAAUUGUGGCUGCUACUUUUUUUGAAUACACUGCAUCUAUU